UCUGAUCACGAGCCAGUGUAUGAUGCGACGCUGGAAAGAUCACCAGCCUGAAGAAGAGGCGCCUUUCCUCCCAUCACCACCAUUCUCCGUCUCUUUCGUACGUCCUGUCCAGAAGGCAGUGCGGUGGUAAGAUGGCGCUCGGCUCUGUGGCUUUCGGAGGUGGUGCCGGGCUUUCCCAGCUGUUCCUCAUCGCUAUAGCCCUUACUACGGGAGUGUUUAGUGAUGAAUUCAGCAUAUUGAGGGCUUCGCAGUCUGUCCACUUCCAAAAUGCAGGGCCUCUGCCCGGAGUCCGUAUUCCAGAUGUUGUGUCUUUGUCGAUGGGAUUUUCAGUCGAAGAGGAUCUUCCAUGGUCUGGACUUGCUGUUGGGAGCUUGUUUCACCGGCCACGUGCCAACUUUUUGGUAAUUGUGAGGGGCAUCGAACGGCUGGUUUUGCCUAAGAGUGGACUUUCGUACAUUGUUGAAAAUCCUGUCCCUUUCACUUUGGACAGUGUUUCAAAUUCUAUCCACUCAAUGUUCUCUGAAGAAGCACCAGUGAUCCUGCAGCUAACCCCCAGUGAAGAGAGACUAUACAUGGUUGGGAAGGCAAAUAGCAUUUUUGAAGAUCUACCUGUGACAUUACGACAGAUGAGAAACCGUUUGUACCAGGAUAACUCUGUUUUGAGUUUGUUGCCUUCUAAUUCUCUGAAUAAAAAUAAUGAGGUUGAUCUUUUGUUCUUUUCUGAACUGCAAGUUCUUCAUGAUAUUUCUGCAUUGCUAUCGGUUCACAAACAUUUGGCAAAAGACCAUUCACCUGACCUUUAUUCACUGGAGCUGGCAGGUCUGGAAGAGAUCAUAAAACAUUACGGACAGGACUCCCUGCAGUUUCGUGAUGCUGCAAAAAUUUUGGCUUCCGUCAUCCAGAAGUUUGCAGAUGAUGUGUUUUCUACUUAUAAUGAAAAUGCUUUGAUUGAGUUACUGACUGUGAAGAUGUUUGAAGCUCCUCUGAUAAGAAAAGCUCGCUCUAUCCUAGAGUCUCCAUCCAUAAGCAACCCAGGCAGUCCCUAUGGUUUGGCCUACAAAUAUAACUAUAACUAUGCCGUUGUGUUUAAUAUUGUCCUCUGGUUGAUGAUAGCCCUUGCUUUAUCUGUGAUCAUCAUUGCCUAUAACCUGUGGAACAUGGAUCCUGGUUAUGACAGUAUUAUCUAUAGAAUGACAAGUCAACGAAUUAAAAUGGAAUAAGUUACUUCAAAAUCCAAAAAGUCCUAACAGUGAAAAUGUAAAUUUCUAAAAUUCUAGGGAAAAAAACUGGAAACCAACACAAUUGGAAUUGUUUUUUCUUGGAGUAUUCCUUCAUAUUGAGUAAUAUGUACAAUAGUUUGUUAAAAUAUAAUUGUUAUAUGGUGGCUAUUUUCUGCAGCUCUGAUUAAAUUAGAUGGUCGUGAAUGAUCUUGACUAUUUUUCCAUUGUGAUGGUGGGAAGGAGGAAGAAGGGCAUACAGGUUGGAAGUAAAAUCAAGGAAGAUUAGAUUUUGAAUGCCUUGACUGAACCUGGAUUACUGCAGAAUAUAGUGGAAGUUGAUUAUACCUAAUGUUCAAUGUAACCAAGAAAAACAUGUUGCAAAGAAUUUCAGCUAAACGUAUUCACAACACGAAAAUUCAGCAUACAAAACUUGAUUUAAAAAUCAGCCUGUAACUUUAUAUGAUUCUGCACUUUUAUGAUUUUAUCACAAUUUAGUCAGUACUUUCUUAAACAUUUAAUGAGCUCGUCAAAUUUUACCUUUACAGUUAAUGUUACUCCGCUCAAAUACAGAUUCUACCGUUGUAAUAGAAGUAUUUAAUUUCCAUUGGUUUUGUAAUUGGCCUUUGCAUUUUAUUUUUAGUUUGAUUCAUUUUGUCACUUUCACUGUUUCAUUGUAAUGGAUGGAUUUGCAAGUUUUAGCCACAAAUGCACUGCAAGACUUCACUUUCAUAGUUUGUGAAUGUGGUAUGAUGUAAACUAUUAUUCUUGAAUGGUCUAUUAUUUUUGUGGUCUGUGAUCAUUGCUGCAUUUUGUAUUCCAAUAAUUAAAAGCUACAUUAUGUAAAAGUGAUUAAUUCUGCUAUUUAUGAAUGUCUGUUACAUAAUGUUAAUAAAGAAAUUUCUGUGUGA